ACGUCAGCGGGCGGGAGGGGGGAGGGGAGGGAGCCGGGUGCGGGCCUAGCGACGAGCAGAAGCCGGUGACCGUCCUGUGCUGCGCGUUGUGCUCUCCUUUCAGCGCCGGAGGAUCCAGCCACCAUGUCGUCCAACGCAGACGUCGCCCUUUCUUCCUACCAGUCUGACGAGGACCAGGGCUCCAAACUGAUCCGCAAAGCGAAAGAGGCCCCCUUUGUACCCGUGGGGAUAGCAGGCUGCAUGGCGGUGGUGGCGUACGGCCUCUACAAGCUGAAGAGCAGAGGGAACACCAAGAUGUCCGUCCACCUGAUCCACAUGCGAGUGGCCGCCCAGGGGUUCGUCGUCGGCGCCAUGACCCUCGGAAUGGUCUACUCGAUGUACCGCGAGUACUGGGUGAAGCCCAAGCCGUAGAAGAAGAGCCGCCAAGGGGGUUCAGCGCUGCGGGGAGACCUCACAUUGAGGUGUCUCAGUCUCUCUGUCUCUGUGUUCCUGCGUGUCCGUGUGUGUGUCUCUCUCGCUCUCCCGGUUAAAUUAUAAAUCCUGUCCGAGUCCGGUUUGACCUUCCACCCCAGGGGAUCGGAUCGUGCUCUCGGACAGAUGAGCUCCCCCCUCACGCCGGCCCGCAGGCAGCCGCGGGUCACCGCGGAGGCCGACGGGCGUGAGGUGAGCUGGCCGUCGCUACCCCCUUGGCCUGGGUCGGAGCCGCCCCUCCCCGGCCCCCCCCGAGGCCGGUCGCGCCUCCGGGGCCGGAAGCGGGGGGGCUGCCCGACCCCGGCAGAGGACCCUUCCGCGAGCCCUCGCUCCCAACUGCCAAGAAAACAAACUCCCUUUUGUUUAUUUAAAAUGGGGCUAAUGAUAGCCAACGAGCUGCUCGAGAGUAGUAUUUAUAAUAGAGCCUUAACUUGAGAAACUGGACGGAAAUUGUGACUUGGCACCGGGGAGCGCCCCCACCCCGCCUCACAACGUGCAGCGUGUCGUCUCGGGCCGCCCGGUGUUCCGAAACGUCGUCGGGGAGAAGAGUGUAUUUGCGUCGUUUGUGUCAUCGGCGAAUCAGAGUCCUCUUCGAUCCGUGUAAA